GCUUGCGCGCUGUCAGUAGGGAGCGUCGCCAUGGAGGACCGGGAGGCGCUGGGGUUUGAGCACAUGGGUCUGGACCCUCGACUCCUGCAGGCCGUCACCGACCUGGGCUGGUCGCGACCCACGCUGAUUCAGGAAAAGGCCAUACCUCUGGCCCUGGAAGGGAAGGACCUCCUGGCCCGAGCCCGCACAGGCUCCGGGAAAACUGCGGCGUAUGCCCUUCCGAUGCUGCAGUUACUGCUUUGCAGGAAGACGACAGGUCCUGUAGCGGAACAGGCUGUGAGAGGCCUUGUCCUUGUCCCUACUAAGGAGUUGGCAAGGCAAGCCCAGUCCAUGAUUCAGCAGCUGACUGCCUACUGUGCUCGGGAUGUGCGGGUGGCUAAUGUCUCAGCUGCUGAAGACUCAGCAUCUCAGAGAGCCGUGCUGAUGGAGAAGCCAGAUGUGGUGGUGGGGACCCCAUCUCGCAUAUUAAGUCACUUGCAGCAGAACCACUUGAAACUGUCUGACUCCCUGGAGCUGCUGGUGGUGGAUGAGGCUGAUCUUCUUUUUUCCUUUGGCUUUGAGGAGGCACUCAAGAGUCUUCUCUGCCACUUGCCUCGGAUCUACCAGGCUUUUCUCAUGUCCGCCACUUUUAAUGAGGAUAUAGAAGCACUGAAAGAGCUGGUACUACAUAACCCGGUUACUCUCAAGUUACAGGAGUCCCAGCUGCCAGGUCCAGAGCAGUUGCAGCAGUUUCAGGUGGUCUGUGAGACGGAAGAAGACAAAUUCCUGCUGCUAUAUGCUCUUCUCAAGUUGUCACUGAUUCGGGGCAAGACCUUGCUCUUUGUCAAUACUCUAGAGCGGAGUUAUCGGCUGCGCCUUUUCCUGGAGCAGUUUAGCAUCCCCACCUGCGUGCUUAAUGGAGAACUUCCACUGCGCUCCAGGUGCCACAUCAUAUCACAGUUCAACCAAGGCUUCUAUGACUGUGUUAUAGCAACAGAUACUGAAGUCCUGGGUCCACCAGCAAAGGGCAAGCAGCGGGGCCGAGGCUCCAAAGGAAACAAGGCCUCUGAUCCAGAGGCAGGGGUGGCUCGAGGCAUAGACUUCCACCAUGUUUCCGCCGUGCUCAACUUUGAUCUUCCUUCCACCCCUGAGGCCUACAUUCAUCGAGCUGGCAGGACAGCACGAGCCAACAACCCAGGCAUAGUUUUGACAUUUGUGCUCCCUACAGAGCAGUCCCACUUGGGCAAGAUUGAGGAGCUUCUCAGUGGAGAGGGUGAGGCCCCCAGCCUGCUUCCUUACCAUUUCCAGAUGGAGGAGAUUGAGAGCUUCCGCUAUCGCUGCAGGGAUGCCAUGCGCUCAGUGACUAAACAGGCCAUCCGGGAGGCCAGGCUGAAGGAGAUCAAGGAGGAGCUUCUGCACUCGGAGAAGCUCAAGACGUACUUUGAAGACAACCCCAGGGACCUCCAGUUGCUCCGUCAUGACCUCCCUUUGCACCCUGCCGUGGUGAAGCCUCACCUGGGCAACGUACCUGAGUACCUAGUCCCUGCUGCUCUUCGUGGCCUCGUACAGCCCCACAAGAAGCGGAGGAAGCAGGCCUCCUGUAGGAAGGCGAAGAAGGCAAAGAAGACCCAGAAUCCACUGCACAGCUUCAAGCACAGAGGAAAGAAGCCCAAGUGACGCCUUCUUGAGGGCAGCCUAAAUUGAGCUCCUGACUUGGACGAAGCCGGCUUCCUGUGCUGGUUGUGGGCACACUCUAGUGCUUGCUUCCUGGACAGUCUGAACUCUGAGGAGGCAGCUGUGGGCCUUCCAACUCCUUGGCAGUUCCAAGGUGUUAUCUUGUCCCUUAACAGAAUAAAGAUUCCAGCUGCCUCAAAUGGUAAA